AUGAGCAUGAACACACCGGCAGUUGUCAUGGAUUGGCGAAUGAUUAAGGCUGGUAUUGCUGAUACAGCCAGAUCUACCUCCACAUCUAUCAGCCUAGGAACAUCUACUAACUACAGUGACAGCGGUACGGGGCUGACCAAAUUGGGAUUUGCCGGAAACGAUGCGCCAUCGUGGGUUUUCCCGACAGCAAUUUCCACAAGGGCUGCGGGAUCGUCCACUGGUAAACCAGCAGCUCCUUCCAAGCCAUCCUUUCUGAGUGGUUCGUCGGCAUCCAAGGCAAGUCUGGGUGGAAACCUGUCUAUCAAAAGAGGAAUGGAAGAUCUGGACUUCUACAUCGGAGACGAAGCUUUAGAGGCCGCUAAGGGUCCUUCGUAUUCGUUGAGUUAUCCAAUUAGACACGGACAAAUUGAAAACUGGGAUCACAUGGAACGGUUCUGGGAAAACUCCAUUUUCAAAUAUCUCAAGUGCGAGCCUGAGGAUCACUACUUCUUGCUAACUGAGCCACCUUUGAAUCCUCCAGAAAACAGAGAGAACACGGCCGAGAUUAUGUUUGAAUCAUUCAACUGUGCCGGUCUAUAUAUCGCUGUUCAGGCAGUGCUUGCUCUAGCAGCAUCCUGGACUUCUUCCAAGACUCAGGACAGGUCUCUGACUGGUACGGUAAUCGACUCCGGUGAUGGUGUCACUCACGUAAUUCCCGUUGCAGAGGGAUACGUGAUUGGUUCUGCGAUCAAGAAUAUCCCCAUUGCAGGUAGAGAUAUCACACUGUUCAUCCAGUCGUUACUCAGGGACAGGGGAGAACCAGAUACUUCUCUGAGAACAGCCGAGAAGAUCAAGCAGCAAUUCUGCUACGUGUGCCCAGACAUAGUGAAAGAGUUCAACAAAUUUGACACUCACCCAGAACAGUUUGCAAAGUAUAUGGUGGAGACCGUCAACAAGUCCAAGCACAUAGAGGUUGAUGUUGGAUACGAAAGAUUUUUGGCCCCAGAGAUCUUUUUCAACCCGGAGAUCGCCAGCUCGGAUUAUUUGACACCUCUACCAGAAACUGUCGACACGGUGAUUCAAUCUUCUCCUAUUGAUGUGAGAAAGAAUCUUUACAAAAACAUUGUUCUUUCGGGUGGUUCCACCAUGUUCAAGGACUUUGGCAGAAGACUCCAGAGAGAUCUGAAAUCGAUUGUCAACGACAGAGUCGCACAGAGUGAAAGACUCAGUGGAGCCAAGUCGAGUGGUGUUUCAGUCCAGGUUAUCAGUCAUAAAAGACAGAAGAACGCUGUGUGGUUCGGUGGUUCUUUGCUCGCUGGUACUAGUGAGUUCAAGAGCUACUGUCAUACCAAGCAGGACUACGAUGAAUAUGGGCCCAACAUCGUUAGAAACUUUUCCCUUUUCGGCGUUCUUUGA